GUUUGUGGGUACGUGUUUGCGCAGUAGUAAAUUGAGUGCGGUGGUCGCGAUACUUCGCGGAACCAAAAUUGCAAUCGUUUGCUGUUGGUUGGUGCUUGGUGAAGUGCAUUAGGAACGAAUGCUAGAGUUGUACACUUAAAAGAGUCUCAAAACAACGAAACAGCUGGUUACAAGAAGGAAGGAUGGGAAGAACUCGUCCACAGCUGCUGUGGCUGCUGUUGGUUCUUUCGGUCGCAGUGUUGGUGAAGGAAGUAUACUCGGAAGAGCCGUCGGAUCCUGGAACCGCUGCUGUCGCCGACGACGAUGCGAAGGAAUCGCCAACGGCUGAUGAGUACACUCCUCAGAACUUGUUGACCUCCGGGUUGCGAUUGGAGCAUGAGCUCGUCAAAGAGCAAGCCGAUGCUCCAUCGACGAUCAACGGAAGCAGUGAGGGCGACAUUGUAGCCAUUCACGUCGACGCGGUCGGAGCCAAGGAACAGUUACGACCUACCUUGCGCGGCCUGUCCUACAUGGCUAUGAGCUUCCUGCCCCGUGGAUACACCUUCGUCGAAGUCCUUUCAGCCACUCGCGAGGUGGUGGCAGGCGUUCGUUACGAACUGGUUACCAUCGCUACGGAUGAAGCCGGCGAACGGCAUUACUGCCGGAUGGUCAUACUAGAGAAGCCGUGGAUUACGACAGUGUACGGUGGAAAGCAUCGUGCGCUCGAGUAUACCAACUGCACGACGAAUGCUUCGGAAGAUGAUGCAACCGUUCAACCGGUAACGCAGAUUAAUCCAGCGUUCGACGCAAAUGUUCGCCAAUCUCAGGAACUUACACCACAACGCGUGGAAGACAUGGAGAAACAGAUUAUUGUUGACAAAGAACCGGUAAUCCCUUCGUCGACGUACUCUCCAACGGCCGAACAGGAAGCGUCUACUACGAUGAUCAGCGAGAGCACUUCAACCGGUGCCGCGAUCGUAUCAUCUACCACCGAGGAAGAAGGCUUAAGUGAAGCGGCCAAAGCAAGUAUCGACGAACUGUUCGGCUUCGCUGCCCCACAGAAGAAGGUAGCCAGCGUCUCACACCAAGAAAACGUUGGCCCAGUGCGCGAGGAAGUGGUUGAGGAAACGAUCGUACCGAAAAGAGUAUCACUCGUUCGAGAGGGUACGGUGGAGACGACGGAGACUCCCAGUAGCACCGGAACCUCCACCAUACAGCCGUUGGAUCAACUUAUUCAGUCCACCUUCGAUGAGGUCUUCCGGACGCACCAAGAAAUUCAAAAAGCCCUGGACGAAGUGGUCGUCAACGGUGGAGGGCGCGAUGUGCAGCUCAAGUAUAGACCCGUUUUCGAUUCGCUGCUGCAGAAGGUACGAGCUAGUAUCGAUAGCUACUAUCGCACAGCCAACGGAGGUGACUCGAACGUCGAUACGGCCGCUUUUGUUGUACGAGACAAUAAUAGUCACACGUCGCCAAGUCGCAUACCAUCGGCAACGCCCCACGGCGUUGAUCAAACAGCGGUCAGCAAAGCGCAAUCUUCGUCCGAAAGCGACGAAGAUCUGCAACAACACCAGAGAGUACAGCCGCAAGUAUUUGCACAGCUUCGCAUCCCGCCCCAGGAAGCGAAUGUGUAUCCAGCCAAGGUUGAUCCUUCGAUGACGGCAACCUUCGUGGCGGACGAUGACGACGAGGAUGGCAACGAUCAGCACGACAUACUAACCAAAGAGCAGCUUACCCAAGUGCUGAACGAGGACCACGGAUUGCAGCGGGUGAAGCGUGAUUCUUCAGCGCCGUUCGGUGGUCACUCUGGCUACCACCAUGGUCCCUACAAAGGAGAACGAGACACGAUGGUGGAGGAAGCCAACGAGGGUGUUUCAGCAAACCAACCACCGGUAAAAGGAAUAGCGAAUGACAUCAACGAUCCCUUGGAGGCUAACCAAAAUGCAGACGGACCGGAUGACGUGCCAAUCGAUGUCCAUGAAACGAUUCCAGUAAAUACUCUCAAAAUUGCGGUAACUGACGGUCAAAACGGUAGCAAAGUUUCGUCGGAUUCAAAGUCGGACCAGGAACAAGUUACUGGCCCCAAUCAAGCACCUAAGAUUGAAGGCGUUGCCAUGAUGUUUGGCGAUAGUCAGGAGGAAGCUGGAGAGGGAACACUCACGAAGGAAGAGCUUACCAAACGGCUGAACGAAGAUGAUGGGCUAAAACGGGACAAGCGCAGCUACUCAUCAUCGUACGAUCAAUCGGACGGUUUCUACGGAAGCUACAAUAGGCGCGACCACGGUUGGGGUGGUAAUUACUAUGGCAGACCGCAUUAUCCUCGAAAUCCGUACUAUGGUUACUACCGAGGAAAACGGAGUGUCGCAGAAGAGGAUAAGACGCUAGUUAACCUCGACGAUCCCACAAACGAGUCAGCAAUGAAAGCGAUCGCAAUGGAAGCUAUCGAUCGGUUAGAUCAGAUGGAUACGGAUCCGUACCAGCGGAUGCUGCUGGAAGUUUUAACCGCACGGAAGAUCUCUCAGAACUCCGAUCAAACACGUGCAACAUACGUGCUUGACGUGCUAACGGCCAACUCACGGUGCGCGGAAGAGGAGAGCAAGAACACUGAGUCCUGCCGGUCGCUACUGAUGCCGGAUACUACGAAACAGUGUACCCUCGAGGUACAUGUUUCUAAGACCAAAAAUGACGACAGCAAACAGGUAAAACUAACUAAAUCCAAAUGUCAAAAACAGCACAAAUCUGUAGGUGCGCUUGGGGGCCAAACCCCGGUAAACGUAACCGAACCGGAACACAGUGAACGCAUCCGUCUUGGGCUGGUCGGCUAUGAGAAUGGCAAGCAUAGCAAUUUUGCAAUUCGCUCCGGAACGGUCCAACUCGUGGCAGGUACGAUUUACCGAUACAUGAUCGAUCUUACGGACAGCGAGCAGGUUGCGUAUAGCAAGUGCAAUGUGAAAAUCUUCACACCGUUGCCAUCUUCCGAUCAUGCCCCGGAAUACAAUUUCGACUGUCACCAGCCGACAGGAGAACAUCGACAUAAGCGCGAUGUAGCACCGAAGAAACUGAACAAAGUGCGGAAAACCGGAGGAACCCAGGAGUUAACACCGGAAGAGUACGGCAAGGAGGAGCAUCAGGCACGCAUCCGCACUGGUCUACAGAAAAUGGCGCAGCUAGCCGACGGCAGCGGUAAUGACCGGAAGCUUACGAUUAUCAGUGCUUCUCAGCAGCUCGUUGCGGGCAAAUCAUACACCUACAUGCUGACGUUUCCCGACGACGAAGAAAAGCGUGUCUGCAAACUUACCGUCUGGGAGAAGCCCUGGUUGAAGGAAAAAGCACCCGAGGAAGCCUUCAAGACGACGUUUAACUGUCCAUCAGGCACAAAGAAGACAAAACGUGAAAUAUGCGCUGGUUGCCCUUCGUCGUUGAGUACGCAGGAUUUAAGCGACACCGAACAUCAGAAUCGUAUCAACAGCAUUCUUUCAUUUCACGGACUAACUCGCGAUAGAGAUUUCAAGGUGAUCAAUGCCUCUCAACAAGUUGUAGCGGGUAUGAAGUACGUGUACAAUGUCCUGCUCAAUGGCAACACCUGUGAGCUGGCGUCCGUGGAGCGUGUUUGGUUAGCGCAGUCACAGCCGGAACAAGCCUACAUGUAUUCGUCCAGCUGCGCUACAGAAGGAAAGUCACUACGGCGUCGUUCAACUCUUGGUGGAAUCCGUUCGUUCGACCAGGACGAAUUGGACGAUACCGAACAUGUGCAGCGCGUGGACAAAAUUAUAGUGUCGAACGGCGGAUCGCAUGGAUCUAAAGUUCGGAUCGUUAGCGGAACCGUGCAGACUGUGUCCGGAAGACUGUUCAAGUACGCUGUCGAAUUCGAUGAUGAUCAAGGCAAGAAAGUUUGCAAACUAUCGUCUUGGGAACGCCCCUGGCUCGAGAAGGAAAAUCCAACCGACGCCUAUCAAUACACCGUAACGUGUCCGACUAAACUGCGACAGAAGCAUCAGCGCCAACACGAACGCAAGCGGCGUCACGCCAAGAAGACGGGAAGUUCGAACGAGCUAACGGCCGAAGAACUGAAAGACAAAUCGCAUGUCGAGCGUAUCAAGGCCGGAUUGGUCUCAUACAAUGUUGAAAGGUCGAAAACCUACAGUGAUUUUGAAAUAUUGGCAGGCUCUACGCAACAGAUGGCCGGCUCGCUGUACAAGUACACGUUCCGCGUAAAGAACGAGCCCGAUAUUGUGUGCAAAAUAUCCAUCUGGGAGCGCGUCUGGUUGGAAUCGCAGGACCAGCGGAAGUACAACGUUAAGUGUACCGGCGAUGACGACACAGAGCAACCGGAUCGCCAACAACACCAGCCGCAGGAUACGGUGAAGCGUUCGGUGCGAUCACUAAAGAUCGACGACAACGAGCACGUUCGGCGCCAGUUCGAAAAGUUUAAAGUGCGCCACAUGCGCCAGUACGCCAGUUCGCUUGAGCACGAGAUGCGCUUCAACAUCUUCCGGAACAAUCUGUUUAAGAUAGAGCAACUGAACCGACACGAACGAGGAACUGGCAAGUACGGUGUAACCAAGUUUGCCGACAUGACCACGGCCGAGUACCGCGCGCAUACCGGCUUGAUCAUGCCGAAACACGAGCACAGCAAUCACAUCCGCAAUCCCAUCGCAAGGCUUGCGAAUGACGCAAAUUUGCCGGAGUCGUUCGAUUGGCGUGACCGCGGUGCCGUUACUAACGUGAAGGAUCAGGGCAGCUGUGGCUCGUGCUGGGCAUUUAGUGCGAUCGCAAACAUCGAAGGUUUGCAUCAGAUCAAAACGAAUAAGCUGGAAUCGUACUCGGAACAGGAGCUGAUCGAUUGCGACAAAGUCGACAACGGGUGCCAGGGUGGUUACAUGGACGAUGCUUUCAAGGCUAUUGAAAAGAUAGGCGGUUUGGAGCUAGAGAGUGACUAUCCGUACCAUGCCAAGGCGCAGAAAAGUUGCCAGUACAACAAAACACUCAGCCACGUUCGCGUCAAGGGUGCGGUCGAUAUGCCGAAGAACGAAACGUUCAUCGCGCAGUACCUCAUCGAAAACGGACCGAUCUCAAUCGGACUGAACGCGAACGCGAUGCAGUUCUAUCGCGGCGGUAUAUCGCACCCCUGGCAUCUGCUGUGCAAUCACAAGCAGAUCGACCACGGUGUCCUGCUGGUAGGCUACGGCAUCAAAGAGUAUCCGAUGUUCAACAAAACCCUUCCAUAUUGGAUCAUCAAGAACUCCUGGGGACCGAAGUGGGGUGAGCAGGGCUACUACCGCAUCUAUCGCGGGGACAACUCGUGCGGUGUGAGCGAAAUGGCAUCUUCAGCCGUUAUUGAGUAAAGACAUGGUGCGGUCGCUUGAUGGCGUCCGGUGACGUUCAUCACUUUUUUACAGUUUUUAUAAUUCUCUUGUUGCUCUUGCAUGUAUGCGUUUCGACAUCGUUAAAGGUACUAUGAUAGAUUUUGUGGUCUUUUUAGGCAAAAAUCUCUUUUUAUUCACCAUUUAUAUAUCUUAUUUUUACCUUCUUUUAGACGAUAUAGUGUGAAAAUAAUAAAUGAAAACGAACACUC